CAGUGAUUCGACUGAAGAAAGACCUGAUGACACGGAAAGAGGGGAGUCAAGAAUUCGGUGAAAAGGAAGAUAAUAUUCAGCAUGAGAAAUAUAAUUUCAUUACUGGAGUAAAAUCAUUUAGUUGCUCACCUACUGAAAAGACUUCACAAAAAAGAGCUCAAAAGACAGUAGAUAUAAGUUAUUUCACCUGCCAACAAUGUGGGAAAAGAUUCGCCAGAAAAGAAAGUCUUGAAGUCCACAUGAAAGUUCACACGGGAGAAAAGCCUUUCACCUGCCAACAGUGUGGAAAGAGUUUAAUUCACAAAAAAAACCUUAGAUACCACAUGAAAAAUCAUACUGGAGAGAAACCUUUCACCUGCCAACAAUGUGGAAAGAGUUAUACACAAAAACGAUCCCUCGUUUUCCACAUGAGAAUUCACACGGGAGAGAAACCUUUCUCCUGCAAACUGUGUGGAAAGAGCUUUAUUCAAAAACCAAACCUUGUUAACCACAUGAGAAUUCACACUGGAGAGAAACCUUACACAUGCCAACAGUGUGGAAAGAGUUUCACUCACAAAGGAAACCAUGAAAAACACACGAGAAUUCAUACUGGAGAGAAACCUUUCACAUGCCAACAAUGUGGAAGGAGUUUUACACAAAAAGGAACCCUCGUUAGCCACAUGAGAAUUCACACGAGAGAGCAACCUUUGUCCUGCAAAGUGUGUGGAAAGAGCUUCAUUCAAAUACGAGCCCUCCUUAACCACAUGAGAAUUCACACUGGAGAGAAGCCAUGAGUUUUGAAAAUAAAGUAGCUUUAUUUAUUACAGCAGGUCACACAUUACUGGAUGUUCUAAUUUUGUGUGUCCCCCACAAAAGUUUUAAAUGCAUCUAAGGUAGGGAUGGUAAUUAUGAGCUGAAAUUCUUAUCACAAUAUUUUACACUGUCCAGGUGAUAUAAUUAUUACAAGUGCUGGUCAUAUAUAUGUCAUACAUAUGUGUGACGCUUCUGAAGCUGUCUGUUCUUCAAGAGUGGUUUGACACAAGGAAUGCCACAGCUGAAACCCAUGUCUUGCAUACAUCUGUGCGUAAGGGUUCUUGAAGCACCGACUCCAGCUGCGGUCCACUCUUUGUGAAUCUCCCUCACAUUUUUGAAUGGGUUUUGUUUCACAAUCCUCUCCAGGUUGCGGUUAUCCCUAUUGCUUGUACUAUUUUUUUCUACCACAUCUUUUCCUUCCCUUCGCCUCUCUAUUAAUGUGCUUGGACACAGAGGUCUGUGAACAGCCGACCUCUUUUGCAAUGACCUUUUGUGUCUUGCCCUCCUUGUGCAAGGUGUCAAUUGUUGUCUUUUGGACAACUGUCAAGUCAGCAGUCUUACCCAUGAUUGUGUAGCCUACAGAACUAGACUGAGAGAUCAUUUAAAGGCCUUUGCAGGUGUUUUGAGUUAAUUAACUGAUUAGAGUGUGGCACCAGGAGUCUUAAAAAUUUGAACCUUUUCACAAUAUUCAAAUUAUUUGAGAUACUGAAUUUGGGAUUUUCCUUAGUUGUCAGUUAAAAACAUCAAAAUUAAAAGAAAUAAACAUUUGAAAUAUAUCAGUCUUUGUGUAAUGAAUGAAUAUAAUAUACAAGUUUAACUUUUUGAAUGGAAUUAGUGAAAUCAACUUUUUGUUGAUAUUCUAAUUAUAUGACCAGCACCUGUACAUGGGGUGUGUGAUAUGGCGAUUUUUGAUUGUGGAUAAAAAUGGCUCCACGAUCUGCUUUUGAAGAAAUAGCAUAGUUUUAUGCUGCAGCGCACAUUCUAUCAGCUGCAGUCCUGGUACCUCCAUCAUAUACUGUACAACACCACAUGCAUUCACAGCAGUGUUAACUCGGCGCUAGAGUUACUCUCACAGGAGUUACUCUCAUUUUUUGCAUGUGCUUUUAAAUGCUUCAUUCGCACACCGGUCUGACCUCUGCUUUUUCUGAGCACCGCAUACUCCCAGAGUGCACAUGCGUUAAAGCCUGUCAAACAGUGCCUGAUUAUUGAUAUUGAUAUGAACUAAGUUAUCUUUUGCACUAAUAUUGUCAAAACACAUGAGGUUUACAUGUAAAGUAAAAGGUUUAGAGAAAAACAUAUACGUGCCUGCAUAUUAGAUGCAGGCAGGUCUUAAAGGGACAGUAGACCUAUUAAACAUGUAGUCAACUGUCAUUAGGGAUAGUUCACCCUAAAAUUGAAUUUUUGUCAUUAUUUACUGAGUCACGUUUCACAAACCUGUUAUAUUUUAACAUUCACAUUGAUAAAACAAAUGAAGCAUUAAGACUUGCGUUUACUAAUAA